ACGCAACUUUUGCGAGUUCUUUUGCAUGCGUUGGGUCUCAUGAUCUCGUCUCAUGAUCAUUUCUCUCCGACCCAAAUCACUCUCUGUUCGAUUUCCAACCCCAAAUCUCAAAUGGGUCUCCACCAUAACCUCCAAAAGGGCUCAGCUUCCCCAAGACCAUCCAGAAGGUCAUGCUGGUCUCUUCUUCGAUGCCAAAACCAAUCACAACAACUCGGACUACGAGCUCUCGUUGGUCUCGGCGUUAAAGUCUUGUUCGUCCCUUUUGGCCAUCUCUCAAGGCCAACAAAUCCAUUGUUUGGUCUUGAAAUCGGGGCUCGGUUCCAACAAUUUUAUCCGGAAUAGUUUGAUCAACAUGUAUGCGAAAUGUGGGUUUGUCUAUGAUGCACGAUCUUUGUUUGAUUCUUUGUCUAAGCUGGAUCCCGUGUCUUGUAAUAUUAUGAUUGCUGGGUAUGUGAAAAUCGGGCAGUUGGAUAAUGCUCGCCGGCUGUUUGAGAUAAUGCCCCGUAAAGGUUGUAUCUCGUACACGACUAUGAUAAUGGGUCUGGCCCAAAAUGGUUGUUGGCGUGAGGCUGUUGAGGUUUUUAAGGAUAUGAGGGUUGCAGGCGUGGUCCCGACUGAUGUUACAAUGGCAAGUGUCAUAUCGGCUUGUGCGCAUUUAGGUGGGAUUUGGAAUUGCCGGAUGCUUCAUGUCUUGGUAAUUAAGCUGCAGCUUGCGGGUUUGGUUCUUAUUUCAACAAAUUUGUUGCACAUGUAUUGCCUUUGUUUGAGUGUAGCAGAGGCUAUAAAUUUGUUUGAGGAGAUGCCUGAGCGGAAUACAGUGUCGUGGAAUGUAAUGUUAAAUGGGUAUGCAAAAGCAGGACUUGUUGACCGGGCCAGGGAAUUGUUCGAGAGGAUUCCUGCAAAAGAUGUGGUUUCGUGGGGUACGAUGAUUGAUGGCUAUGUGCAAGUAGAAUUGUUAGGUGAAGCUUUGAUGAUUUAUCGCGCAAUGUUACGUACUGGAGUAAGACCCAAUGAUGUUAUGAUUGUGGAUUUGAUUUCAGCAUGUGGGCGAUUAAUGGCAUUAGGGGAAGGUCAGCAGUUUCAUGGUAUAACUGUAAAGACAAGUUUCGACUCUCAUGAUUUUAUGCAGGCAACAAUUAUUCAUUUUUAUGCAGCUUGCGGCAGGAUGACUCUUGCUCGUUUGCAGUUUGAAGUGGGCAUCAAAGAUCAUCUUGCAUCUUGGAAUGCCCUCAUUGCAGGAUUUAUAAGAAAUGAGAUGAUUGAUGAGGCGAGGCAGAUAUUCAAUGAGAUGCCGGAAAGGGAUGUUUAUUCAUGUAGCGCCAUGAUUUCUGGUUAUGCACAGAGCGAGCAACCUACUAUGGCUUUAGAGCUCUUCCAUCGAAUGGUAGCUUGUGGGAUCCAACCGAAUGAAAUUACUAUGGUGAGCGUUUUCUCUGCAAUUGCCACUUUAGGCUCAUUGAAGGAAGGAAGAUGGGCCCAUGAAUAUAUAUACAAUAACUCCAUCCCUCUCAAUGACAAUUUAAGUGCAGCUGUCAUUGACAUGUAUGCCAAAUGUGGGAGCAUCGAUAGUGCCUUUAGAGUGUUCUAUCAAAUUCAAGAAAAAACCUCUAAUGUCUCCCCAUGGAACGCAAUCAUAUGCGGGUUGGCAAUGCAUGGACAUGCCAAUUUGUCUCUUGAAGUAUUUUCUGACCUUCAAAUCCGUCGAAUUAAGCUUAAUUCAAUUACAUUCAUUGGAGUCCUAACUGCGUGUUGCCAUGCUGGAUUGGUGGAGCUAGGGAAGAGAUAUUUCAAGAUAAUGAAGAAUGUGUAUAAUCUAGAACCAAAUAUCAAGCAUUAUGGUUGUAUGGUUGAUCUCCUCGGCAGAGCUGGGCGAUUAGAAGAGGCUGAGGAAUUAGUAAGAGGCAUGCCCAUGAAGGCAGAUAUUGUGAUAUGGGGCACAUUAUUGGCAGCAUGUAGGACUCACGGGAACGUGGAAAUAGGAGAGAGGGCUGCAAAGAGUUUGGCAAUGUUGGAACCAUCUCACGGGGCUGGUAGGGUUCUUCUGUCCAACAUAUAUGCAGAUGCAGGAAGGUGGGAGGAUGCAUUUUCGAUAAGGAGAGCAAUGCAAAUCCAGAGAAUGAAGAAAUCGCCAGGGUGCAGUGGUGUUGUAUGAUAUUAUAACUUGUCAAAAAUGUUGAGAAGAUGACAUUGUCUAAAAUGAGCCAUUUUGGUAUCUAUGUAUCCUCUUCCAGAGUGAAACUCUUUCAUUCAAACAAAAUUCAGAAUAUUCACUAAU